AUUUAUUAUUUAAUUAUUUAUUUAGCCCACGUUUGUGGUGGCCAUCACGAUUCGAAUACUCCUUCCUUCCCAUUUCCUCACCUCUCGCUCUUUGAGUCUGCGCGAAGAUGGGCAAGGGACCGGGGCUCUUCUCGGACAUCGGCAAGAAAGCCAAAGAUCUUCUGACCAAGGACUACUCCUCCGAUCAGAAAUUCUCUGUCUCCACCUACAGCGAUGCUGGAGUGGCCCUCACAUCAACAGCAGUGAAGAAAGGAGGACUCUCAACUGGGGAUGUGGCCACACAGUUCAAGUACAAGAAUACAGUCAUUGACGUUAAAGUUGAUACAGAUUCAAAUAUCUCGACAACUAUUACUUUCACUGAGGUUCUCCCAUCAACAAAGACUAUUGCUUCAUUUAAAGUGCCCAAUUAUAACUCUGGAAAGUUGGAGGUGCAAUACUUCCAUGACCAUGCAACCUUCACAACGGCUAUUGGUUUGAACCAGUCUCCUGGCAUUGAUGUAUCUGCUACCAUUGGUACCCCAAGCAUUGCUUUUGGUGCAGAGGCAGGUUAUGAUACUACUUCUGGUAAUUUUGCUAAGUACACUGCUGGCAUUAGUGUGACAAAACCAGAUUCAUCUGCUGCGAUAAUAUUGGGUGACAAGGGAGACACUAUAAGAGCAUCAUAUGUGCAUCACCUGGAUCAAUUUAAGAAGAGUGCUGCUGUUGGUGAGAUCACAAGACGGUUCUCUACCAAUGAGAACACUUUCACAGUUGGAGGGUCAUAUGCAGUUGAUCACCUGACAGUCGUGAAAGCAAAGCUCAACAACCAUGGGAGGCUUGGGGCCCUCUUGCAACAUGAGGUCAUACCAAAGUCAAUUCUAACAAUCUCUGGAGAAGUUGAUACCAAGGCUUUGGACAAAAAUCCCCGGUUCGGGUUGGCUAUCGCCCUCAAGCCCUGAAGGUCUUUGCCAUUAGAUUAUGCAAUUUGGACUACAUAAUUUUCUCUGAUUUUUUUGGUGGUGGCGCUUAGAAGGGAGCGCAUAAUAAUUAGUUCCACAGAUAUAUCUGUUUGAGAUUCUGUAUGACUGUGGAUCAAUUGUUUUGAUACUUGAGGUCUACUAUGGUCUUCUAUUUUUCCGUCCGUUGUGGGCAUUUUGAAUUUUUGACAUUCAUACAUUUUAUUGUCCCUAAUCCUUAUAUGAGGAGUUUCAUCUAAUUUGUAUGUUCUUGAAAA